AUGACUGAUACAGAACCUAAGGUUACGGAUGCCAAAUCUCUUUUGCAAGAUCUCUCACGCGAAUAUGAUGAGUUAACCGAAACUAGAAACAAUCUAGAAAAAGAUUGUAAAGCUUUACAAGACCAAAUUCAAAAUCAGAUACAAAGGAUUAAUGAUGUCAAUGAAGACAUUACGAAACUUCGUGCCGAAUACCAAGAGCAAUUGCAGAACAUUCAAAACGCAAAGAAAGAUGAACAACAAUCAGAAGGAGUGAUCUUAUAUUUAGUAGAUGAAAAUACAAUUAAGAAUCCGGCUACCGUAUCGCAAUCUGUCGAAAUUCGUGAUAACUCUGUCAUUUGUGCUACUUGUUUUUCUCCAAAUGGAGCAAACUUAGCCAUUGGCUCUGAUAAAGUUCUUCGCGUUUAUAAUUUUGAACACGAUUGCUUUGUUCUUGAAGCUCCAUUUGCUGAUCCAAAUACUACCGAUUCCAUUUAUAUCAGAUCAAUUACAUGGACACCAAACUCUAGCCAAGUAAUUGCUGGUGCUGAAGAUCAUACAAUUUACAUUUUUAAUAUAUCGCAAGACGCUGCAAGCCCCGAAAAAAGCGAUCCAACGCCAUGUGCAAGAAUCUCUACAGCUGGCCAAGAAGUCUUUCAAGUUCAGUGCUUUAAGGAUGGAAAUAGGCUAGCGGCAUCACUAGGCGAUGGAAGCAUUCAAAUUUGGAAUAUUAAAACAAUGCAAAAAAUUACGCAGUUAGUUCGUAGUCCAGAGAAGCCAUGUAUUACAAUCUCAAUAUCCAAUGAUAGCAAGAUAAUUGCCGCUGGAUAUUCUGAUGGUUUUGUCGCAUUUUGGAAUCUCGAGACACAGUCAAUGAUUUUUGAACAAAACUGCCAUUCAAUGACUGUAUAUUCAUGCAUAAUGCUUCCUAAAUACAACAGAAUCGUUACAUCAUCAUUAGAUAAAACAGUUAAAAUUUGGGACAUUAUUGAAGGAGGUCUUUCACUUUGGAAGACUCUUGAUAAACACUCAGAGUAUGUACUGAGCUUAGCACUUGAUCCAACAGAGAAUUGGCUCAUUAGCGGCUCGAAAGAUAUGACUUGCAUCAUUACAAGGCUUGAUGAGGGCCGAAUGAUUUACCAACUGAAAAGCCAUGAAAAUUCAGUUAUUACUGUUAGCUUCAGCCCGCUUGGAAACAUGUUUUGCAGUGGUUCUGGAGAUAUGUAUGUUAAAAUAUGGACAUUCACACAGCCAACUCAAGUGUAA